AGAUAAACAUUGAUUGAGGUGAUUUAAGCCGUAUAACGUUCGAAUAUUGUGACCGAGGGUUUAACGAAGACAGGUUAAGACAUCGUGUAUCGAAUGUUUUGAGUAUGAUAUUUUAUGGAAGUAAUAGUUUAAAACAUUAAUUUGUACCUAAUUUGGAUAAAUCAUGAGCGACCUUACAGAGGAGCAGAUCAAAGAGUUUCGCGAAGCAUUCGAUCUCUUCGACAAAGAUGGCGACCAAACGAUUACCACGGCCGAGCUCCUGACCGUGAUGCGGUCGCUAGGACACAACCCUAGUAACGAGGAGUUGAUGCAGAUGAUCAGGGAGGUCGACAUAAACGGGAACGGAAAGAUCGAGUUCAACGAGUUUCUCGCGCUGAUGGAGAAGAACCUGCGAUGUUACGACUCGGAGGAGCUCAUCCGGGGCGCCUUUGAGGUCAUCGAUCUCCACGGGGACGGCUACAUCACCUACCAGCAACUGCGACAGGUCGUCCAUGAUCUGGGUCUGGACUACACGGAGGACGAAAUGAGAGACAUGAUCGCCGAGGCGGACACUUCCGGCGAAGGCAGGGUCAACUACCACGAUUUUUUGACAGUGAUGACAAACAAUCUUUAGUAUACGACAAUGAAGACCUCACUGCUGACUAUACAGGUCCAAUAGACCUCACUGAUGACUAUGCAGGUCCAAUUAUUAUUAUUGCAAUGCUUCCUACCAAACACUUAGUUUCGCUCCAUCAUCACCGAGCAAAGUUACCUAUUGCAAAUGCUGUCAAACUUGGUUUUAAAACUGAUAUAUGGUUUUGAUCUCCAUUCCAUGGAAGAAUCUCAUCAAUAAUAUCAUUGUUGCUUAAAUUAAAAUUAUACAAAAAUAUGUCGUCUGGAUAAUGAACGCUCUGACCUUUUGGUGCGUGUUUUAAAGGAGAUAAACGACGGAUAACAAGGAACUAAUAUUUCGUUAAAUAUCGAUGUGUAACAUUUAGUUAUAAGACAUGUAAGAAAUACAAAAGGGACUAGGUAAUAAUACCGCAAAACUGGGCUUAAUGCAUUUGCGAAAAGUACGCACAGUUUUCAAGGAUACAACUUUCCGUUUUGAUGGAAUUUUUCGUAAAAAGGAAAAGUUUUGACCCUAAUUAGCCAGUGUAUAAUGCACAGGUAAUAUGUGACGCAUAAGCAUUAAGCCCCGUUUUCUAAGAACGUGGCUUAAAUAAGUGUCAACUUAGGUCAUAGUAUUAAUUGCUAUUUAUUUUAUGCUUUCCGGUGGUUUAGAGAGAAAUACCAGUGAAAACUAAUUGGUAUUCCACUGUUUUAAACAGUGAAAAAUAACAGUGAAAAAUAUCGAUAUUUUUCACUGUUUUACUGUGAAAUGACGUCAUUUUUUCGACGAAAUGACGUCAUUAAUCCAGCGAAAUUAUCAAGUUAAACUCAUUAACAAUGUAAAUUAACGGUGAAAAAAGCAUAAAAUAAAAAGAAAAUUUGUUGGAUUCGAUGGAAUAUCGAUUUUAUUUCACUCGUGAUCAUAGAAAAUGUAUAUUUUCACUCGUGGCUUUGCCACUCGUGAAAAUAAUGUUUUCUAUCAUCACUCGUGAAAUAAAAUCGAUAUUCCACCGAAUCCAACAAAUAACCUCUAUAUAUACUGGUUCAGACGUUAUGUCAAUGAUGGAAGAGGCUCAAGCGAACUUAGAAAUAAGCGAGCAAGCAAAGGUAUGCUAUUUCGGGCUCGUUUUAUAAAACAUCUUAAAUUUGUAGUUUUCGAUACAAAUCGUAGUAUCCGAACAUCGGAUUUCAAAUUGUUGCACACAAUUAUUGUUGAUUUUGUAAGAUUUCUCUCAUUAUAAAUUUUAUUGUCGUAAUAGUUUAAAGUAAAUUGCUAAAAGUUUCGUUUGUUUUUAUAUACAUAAUGAACGUAUUAUGUUCAGUAAAGAUGUUUUAUUACAACGAUUAUUUGAGCCGUGUUCUGAGAAAACUGGUCAUAAUGCAUGUGCGUAAAGUGUCGUCCCAGCUUAGCCUGUGCAACACUUUCCGCAUUUAUGGUAUUUUUAGUUUCCAGGAAGUCCCUCCUUACCGAAAAUCAUGUUUAGGCGGAAAGUGUCGUCCCUGAUUAGCCUGUGCGAACUGCACAGGCUAAUCUGGGAUGACACUUUACGCACAUGCAUAAAGCCCAGUUUUCUCAGUACAAGGCUCAUUUAAUGAUUAUUGUGAAGUAAAUUCUUAACACGUCAUAUGACCUGAACCCUCUACCUAAUAAAAAGCAGUUGUGAAUGAAUAAAUAUAUGUAUAGUUUUUUUCAUUUUUUGAAAAACGGUUAGAAAUACGUUUUCACUUAUCUUUAAAUACUUGUCUCGUUAAUUAUGAUAGCAUAUUUGUUUGAAUGUAUGUGAUAUCUUUUGUUUAAAUGCAUAGAUAUGUCAGUCACAUGUGCUUGUUACAUAAUGUUGCAAAUUUUAACAUUACAUGUUAAUCCGUUGUUAAGAAUGAUAAUAAAUAUCUAACUGA